CCUUUCUCUUCCAGGAAUCCCCACCACCACAAAAUCAAUCAAUCAAUCCAUCCAUCCACCAAUUAAUGGACUCCUCCUCCUCCUCCUCCUCCUCCACCUCCACCCCUCGCCGCCACCACCCUCACCGCCGCCGCACUUUCCUCAGCUUCCGCCGCAACCAAAUCGUCUCCAUGGACCAAACCACCGACCACGACUUCCAAACCAUCGACCACUUCCAUUCCCUCAUCUCCCUCAACCUUCUCUCUCUCCUCCCUUCCUCCUCCGAAUCCCAAUCCCAUCACCAUCAUCUCCUCUCCAUCCCCUUCCUCUCCAAACUCCUCCAAUCACUCCUCUCCUUCCAAUCCCAUUUCCAAUCUCUCCUCCACCAAUCCCUAAUCUCCAACCCUCCCCUCCUCUCCCGCCCACCUCUCGACCGCCUCCUCUCCGACCACCUCGACCGCACCGUCAAAUCCCUAGACAUCCUCAACACCAUCACCCAAUCCCUCUCCUUUCUCCGCCACUCCCAUCGCCAAGCCGACAUCGCCGCCUCCGCCCUUCUCCACCGUCCUCCCAAUCUCAUCCGCGCCAAGACCGCCCUUUCCAAGCUCUUCACCGACGACAACCAUCGCGCAACCUCCUUCACCCAUGGGCUCAGCUUCAGCACCAACCGAUGCUGUGUGGAUGCCGGAUCUGGGUUAGGGUUGGCCGUGCAAAACAUGAAUUCGAUCUUGGCGUUCUGCAUGUGGACUUUAAUGGCGGCGUUUGGGGUUGUAGGUGGGCCAUUGAGGGUGGAAAUUGAGGGUUUGGUUGGGUUACAAGAGAGGAUUUGGGAGGAGGUGAAGAAGAAGAAUAAGAAGGGAAGGAGUGGAGGAGUGCUUGUGGAGUUGGAAGAGGUGGAGAGGUGUGGAAAGGCAUUAAUGGAGGAAGUGGAAAUGGAGGUAGAGGUGGAGGAGGAAUUGGGGAAGAAGGCAAUGGAGUUUGGUGAAGCUUGUGAGAGAUUGGGAGUGGGAUUGGGGGAAUUUGAGAGGGUUUUGAGGGAGGUGUUUCAUAGGUUGGUUAGGAGUAGAGUGGAGGUGCAGCACUUCUUGGACCAGAGUUCUAGAGCUUCAGCUUCUUCUUGAUGAAUUCAUUGGGUUCAAAAAUACUAAUAAUUUGUAUGAUUUUUGGAUGUUUUUUUAUUUUUUAUUUUUAUUUUUAUUUUUAUUUGAUAGAUCUUGUGUACAUAAUAAGGCUUUAAUGAUUUGAUGUUGUGCAAAGUAUUAUUGUAUAUUGUAUGUGGUUGUUUGAGGUGUGUAUAUUGGGGAGGAAAUAAUGAAGAUUUUUUUUUAUGUUA